AUGAUAAAGCUAGAAGAAGUGUUCACGCUCGAAAUUUUAAUAAAAAUUUUGAGCAAGAUUUUCGUGAAGGGGAACUACUGCAUAACGAAGGAAGACAUCAACACGAAGAACUGCCGCGUGAUGAUUUUCGAGUCCAAGUUGGACGUGCCCAAUUUGAGGAAAAGCGGAGAUGAAGAAUUCAUAAACAUGUUAUUCUAUUUUUAUAACAAGAAUUAUUUGUUCUUCAUUGUUUACUGUCUGAACAAGAAGAAUAUUGUUUAUUUGAAUUUCUUCAAUCCCUUGUUAAGUGAGAAGGAAAGUAUCGAGUCGAUCAAUUUGUUUUUUAUUAACAACUUCUUCCCUCAUAUUAUUUUGGGCCUGAACAAUGGAAAAGUCUUCCUGUACAAUCAUGAAGGGAUUAUCUGCAUGCAAAAUAAAUUCGCAGAGAGCAGAAUAAAACAUAUUUUUGUGGAGAAACAUAAGGAAUAUAUUUUGUUGGUCUAUGAUAAUAACACAGUUGUGAAUACAAAUAUAUAUUUGAUUAAAAGAGCGUUGGAAAGUAAUUCUAAAAUUUUACCACUCGACUAUUCUUUUACUGUUAAUAAAAAUAUGAGCAUAAAUCAUAUAUUUUUGAGAAACUAUAAUUACUCCCCUGAUGUUUUUAAAAAAGACUUAUAUUGCAUAUACAGUAGGGAUGACUUGGGUAAGUAUAUCACGGAUGCUAUUAUUUCAAAUCAACCCCAGUAUAACAGAAUUGCCAAUGCAAAUUAUAUAAUUACGUCCAAGACGAUAACCAUUUCCAUACUUUGUCUCAUUCGACAGAAUGGUACUAAUAAUGACCUUUUAACAAAGAAGGAGAAUUUUGGAGCCUCAGAAAAACUUAGUUCUAGAAUUAAUAAUUUUUUGAAAAACAUGUUUACAAAGAAGAAUGAUGCGUCCACGGUGGCGGUAGCAGGAUCUGGUUCUGCAGCAGGGACGACUUCCCAAUCUGUAGGACCUUCAGUAGGCUCUUCUCCCUCAAGAGUGUUGUCACUUCCCUCUCCAAGUGCUGCCUCCAGCUCUGUUGGCGCAACACAAGUCGCAGAAGCAAAUGCAAUCCCACACAAUAAUAUGUCAAAUACGUAUGGGAGCGUAACUGAUAAUCUGAGCACACAAGUUGUUCACUGCUUUAAUGAUGCGAAGAGACAAAUCAUUGAUUUGUGCAUCUGCCCGUGGAAUCAAAACUUGGUGUUGGCAUUAGACAAUUUAGGAAGGAUAUGUCUAAUUAACAUAAGUACGCUCACCAUUUUACACAUGUGGAAGAGUUACCGAGGAGCUUUUAUGAGUUUUAUUCAGAAGAGGAAAUUGGGCACUCGUCAUUCGAGUAACUUGUCCAAGGGUCGUGAGGGAGUUACUAGUACGAACGUAAGUGGACAUGGGAAAGACGCAGAACAGAUGGAUGAUAAGGCAAUUUUUUUUUAUCUCAAGACGAGAAAUUUAAUUGAAAUUUGGGACCUCAGGACGCUGCACAAGUUGUAUAGCGUGCGCACUUAUGAAGACCCCCAACUCUUUAAAAUAUUUUUUGCCGACCAUAACGUUCCUAAUAAAAUUUACUUCUUCAGCACCAGUCACCAUGUCUUUUUGAUGAACACCAACUUUGAGUUGUUUCAUGUCAAGUGGCCGGUCUGA